GGCUGGUAUGAAAGUCCCUCCUGUUUGUUUGUUGUAGAUGGAGCUGCUGAAGGGAUUGCCGUGGCGCCGUGCUUUCCUGGCAGUCGUCCUGAACCUACUGGCUCUCAGCCUUUCCACCACUGCCUUACUUGGCAGCUACUGGUGUACCGGGACCCAGAAAGUGCCCAAGCCUUUGUGUGGGAAGAGUAAAGCUACCAAGUGCAUCGGUGUCCCCAUGCCACCUGACACAGGUGCUAGCAAUUCUUCAUCCCAGGACGUGGUGCACUACAGCUGGGAAACAGGGGAUGACCGCUUUGCCUUCAGAUACUUCCACACGGGCAUGUGGCUUUCCUGUGAAGAGAGCAUGGAAGGGCCAGAGGAGAAGUGCCGUAGCUUUAUUGAGCUUUCUCCACCAGCAGAGAGAGGAAUCCUGUGGCUGUCACUAGGAUCAGAGAUGCUGUACAUUAGCUUGCUGCUCAUCAGCUUCAUCCUCCUGGUGGUGGAAAUGCUACAUACUGGCAAUCCUAUCUGUGGGUUGAAGCUCAAUGCCUUCGCUGCUGUCUCCUCAGUGCUGUCAGGUCUUCUUGGAAUGGUGGCACACAUGAUGUACACUCAAGUCUUCCAAGCAACUGUCAGUCUGGGACCAGAGGACUGGAGACCACACUCAUGGGACUACGGCUGGGCUUUCUACAUGGCCUGGGCCUCCUUCACCUGCUGCAUGGCCUCUGCUGUCACUACCCUCAACACCUAUACCAAGACAGUGCUGGAGUUCAAACGGAUCCACAUCAAGGGCUACAACGACAGUUUGAAGGAUCAGCCCCAGCACCACCAGUGCUACAUACAGCAGCAGAUAACCACCUACUACCAGCAACGACACAAGCCCCUCCAUUCAGUCUCUGAGGGAGUUGACUUCUACUCUGAGCUGCAGCAAAAAGUGCUACAGCAGGAGCCAGAACUGGAGCUGGACGAGGUCUUGGGACAGACAGAUGGGGAGGACCACUGUUAGGUGUGCAGGGGCAGGGCAGAGAGGUUUGGGAGACACAAUGGCAGCUGACCUCUGAACCAAACACCAGUAAGUUCUUGGGGAGGUCGUUCCUCCUCUGAUGUUUCUGGCAAAGAGAAGGUGGGCACUGGUCCAGGGCAACAGCAGUGCCAACAGUAUCAGGGUGAGUCCACUCUGCUCACAGUUUGAGGGUGCCCUCAGCUGUGAAGGAUGAAACUGGGGGUAGGGACUGUGGGAUUGGAUAUAUUUUGUUGGUGCCAAUUGUCUCCAAGCAUGGCAGACAGAAACUGAGGGAGAUGUCUCAAUCCCAACAGUACUGCAUUGCAGGAAUAGGUAUAUUCAGUGCUAGCCAGCUAGCAAAUCGCAAUCCUGAUCUUUUUGGAUGGUGUCACACUGACCUUCCAACAGUCCCCUUGAAUCUGCCUUGAAGUGUAGGGUGUGGGUGCUCAUAUCGAUUUGCUGUAGUCCUAUAAGAGCACCCUAUUUAUUCAUUUCCAGACCCAACAUCCUGUUCCUCCCACAGCUUAAAAGGGCUGCUGGAGUAGGGACGAGAGGUUGCUUUCACACAUCUCUCUCUCUCCUCCUCUCUCCUAUCUGAAAUGACUCCCACAUGCUCCUUUCUUGCCUCCUCCCAUUUCGUAGGUACCUUCCUACUUGUCUUCUUCUACUGUGCUUCUCCACAACCUUUAAGAAUCUUUGGCUGUUUUUUUGCUUUAUUGUUUGCUUCUCUUCACUCCCCCCCCCCACUGUAAAGAAUACCAAACUUAGAAUUUCUCAACAGUGAAAUGGGUUCAAAUGACACACUGACAGUAUACACAGCAUUUAUUUGCUCCACUGCAUUUCACAGUUCAGAUAAGUUUUCUCAACAAUAUACAGACAGACUCUUUAUUCACAGUGGGGAUGUGGGGGCAGAAUUCACAUUAUGGGGGAGCUAAAGUCACUGCACUUGAGUAUAAGUUCUCUCAGGAAGAACUUCAGGAGAAUAACUACUUCAGGUAACGGCCACCUCACCUUUUCCAGCAAGGUGGUGGCUAAGACAGGAGGAAAUAGGCUCUCCUGCUUAGUCCUCCUAUGCUAGUGGUCCUCAUGCUUUCAGUCUACAUUAAGCAGUUGUAUUAACUGACUGUAUAUUAUGAACACUAACCCCUGUCUGGAGGAAAGUCACUGGCCAAGAGCUGUUGCUACAGUUGUGCUAAUAUAUACAAAGCUAUUUACACAAAAAUACCAUUUAACAUAUACAAACUGUUAACAGGCUCUGGCUUUAAGAAGGCCCAAGGACCAGCCUCGGGGCUUGCAGUUAAUCCUGAAGAGCUAUCCUGGAAGCACUGUGCAGAGAUACAGGGAAGGGGAGGUGAGAGUGUGAUGCUGAACGGAAAAGUGUACAGAGCAAAUCCUUGGUAGAUCUGCCCAUCUCCAGGGAAGCUCAAAGCCCUGCCAUUGCCCCACUACUCUCAGGGAAGUGCAUGGAGGCAGGAAGCACACAGGUCAGCAGGAGGACAGAAGAGCCAUUUGCUAUCCUCACCUCAGCCUAGCUCUGCCUAAUGUCAAAGGUCAGGCCCAGAAAGGCAUAUUGGGAAAGCACUUUCUAAUGUUACUGCCCUGCAGUAGGGGUAGCUACUGGGGCACAACAGUGGCAGGUUUAUGUAUGGCCAUGUCUAUUACAACAAACUUCAUUUGGAUGCUCUGCAAGUACAACACAGAAGAUCAACAGCACACUAAGAGGCACUGUUCAAAGCACUAAACCUAUCAAGAGCAAAUGUGCGCUGGACAUAGUCAGUUCUUGCUGGAACUGCACAGUGGGCCAGCAAGCAGCUGGUAGGGGAACAAUAAACUUAAGCCCCCUGUAAUGUAUGUUCCUAUUCCAGGGCUGGUCUGUGCAGUGUUGGUCCACACUGUUACAGCAGGGAAUCCCACAGGCUGGUGUAACUAUGUGAUCAAAAUGCACAGGAAAGUUUUCCAGUUCUGCCUCUUUGUUUGAGUCUGCAUACCUUGAAGCAGUGGUGUGAGAAUAAACAGCCUUUCUGUGCUUGUAUCUGGUGUGAUCUUUCAGUGCCACAUCCAC